GGGGCCCGGCGGCGGCGCGCGGGCCCCACAGGUGGGGCGCGCGGCUCAGACGGCUGGUCCCACUGAAGAGGUGCCCGCGGGUCCGCGCCUCACUCAGAGCCGACGGGAGCUCGCCCGUCGCCCCUGCCUCGGAAGCGGCCUCUGCAGCAGCCGACUGAGGGCACAACGGACACAGACAGAUUAGCCGCCAGUCCCCCGGCCCCGGAGGAGCGCCUACUGCGAGGCGACGGAGGCCUGGUCGACGCCGCCGAGAGCCUAGCAGGUGCGGCGCGGGAGGCAGGCUGAGGUAGCGCCGCGGCCGCCGGCGACCCAGACCGGAGGCGCCGACUCCGCGCCUCGCCCGCCGCUCGCCGUCGGGGCGGCCCCAGCCUCCUCUCGGCCCCAGAGUGGAUGCGCACCCUCUGAGCGCGCACCCGCUGAGCGCCCGUCCGGCCCGCCAUGGCCGCGCGUCCCGGGCCGCUGUGGCUGGUGGGUCUGGCGCUGUGCGCGCUGAGCGGUGGUGGUCCCGGCCCGCGCCCCCCGGCCGGCUGCCCGGUCCGCCGCCUGGGCCCUCGCGAGCGCCGCGACAUGCAGCGCGAGAUCCUGGCGGUACUGGGGCUGCCCGGGCGGCCCCGGCCCCGCGCGCCGCCCGCCACCGCCCGGCUGCCCGCGUCGGCGCCGCUCUUCAUGCUGGACCUGUACCACGCCAUGGCCGACGACGACGACGAGGACGGCGGCCCCCCGGAGUGGCCCCCGGGCCGCGCCGACCUGGUCAUGAGCUUCAUCAACAUGGUGGAGCGUGACCGCACACUGGGCUACCAGGAGCCCCACUGGAAGGAGUUCCGCUUCGACCUGACCCAGAUCCCAGAGGGCGAGGCAGUCACAGCCGCCGAGUUCCGGAUUUACAAGCUGGCCAACGCCCACCUGCUCAACAGGACCCUGCACGUCAGCAUGUUCCAGGUGGUCAGGGAGCAGUCCAACAGGGAGUCUGACUUGUUGUUUUUGGAUCUUCAGACGCUCCGAGCUGGGGACGAGAGCUGGCUGGUGCUGGACGUGACAGCAGCCAGUGACCGCUGGUUGUUGAGCCGGAACAAGGACCUGGCGCUCCGCCUCUAUGUGGAAACGGAUGAUGGGCACAGCGUGGAUCCUGGCCUGGCCGGUCUGCUGGGGCAACGGGCACCGCGCUCCAAGCAGCCUUUCCUGGUCACUUUUUUCAGGGCAAACCCCAGUCCCAUCCGAGCCCCUCGGGCAGCCAGGCCCCUGAAGAGGAGGCUGCCGAAGAAAACCAACGAGCUGCCGCACGCCAACAGACUCCCAGGGAUUUUUGACGAUGUUCACGGCACCCACGGCAGGCAGGUUUGCCGGCGGCAUGAGCUCUACGUCAGCUUCCAGGACCUCGGCUGGCUGGACUGGGUCAUUGCUCCCCAAGGCUACUCGGCCUAUUACUGUGAGGGGGAGUGCUCGUUCCCACUGGAUUCGUGCAUGAAUGCCACCAACCACGCCAUCCUGCAGUCCCUGGUGCACCUGAUGAAGCCAGAUGCAGUCCCCAAGGCGUGCUGCGCCCCCACCAAGCUGAGCGCCACAUCCGUGCUCUACUACGACAGCAGCAACAAUGUCAUCCUGCGCAAGCACCGCAACAUGGUGGUCCGGGCCUGUGGCUGCCACUGAGGCCAGUGCCCACCGCGGGGGGGACCCCCCGCCGAGGGUAGGCCCCUCUCCAGAGCCAGGAAACCUUCCAGGGCCAUCACUGCUCAGGUGGAGUGGCAGGGAGGGCCCGCCACACUCCUGCCACAGCCUGCCAGGGUCUCCCCAGACCUCUCUGCCCCUUCCCCUGGGCUUUGUGGCAGAUGGGCUGGCGCAGCUCUGACAGGCCUAACGCCCUCAGCAGCCCCAGACACACAGACCGCACUGGGUUCCAGUUGGAAGUCCUGCCUUAGGACGCAUGCUGGGCCACCGCAGCCCAGACUGGCUGGCCCAGGCCCAUCUGAGGGGCAUCUGGAGCGUGAGGCCGGCUGGCUGGGCUCUGAGCAGGGAGGGGGCGUCUUCCCCUUUCCAGGCAGCACACUGGGCAUUUCCAGAGCACGCACUCGCCUUCAGGACCGUGUAUUACUAGCAGUUAGCACAUUAGAAACAGAACAACCCGGACAGGCCUCGUACUAAGACAGACAGAAGCCAAGAGGGAUGAUUUAUGGCGUGUCUUCCCCUCCUGUGGGGAAGAGGUGACCACCGCCUGCAGACGUGGAUAACCUAGGGGGCGUCCAGUUCCCUCCAACUUUUCCAUGUGAGGUUCUGCACUAAGACAAAGUUAGCUCUCAAGAAGUGAUGACAGUGGCCACAGUGGGAGGUCCAUGGCACUCAGGCCCCUGCUCCCCAGCUCCUCACCCACAGCCAAUGUCAGUAAGCAGCCCGGGUGGAUUUUCCAGUGACCUGGACUGGCCUCAGAACCUCAGCACAGAACUCCAGACACCCAGCAGCUUGAGCUCGGGUCCCCCUUCUGCCACACUAAGGAGCAACCAUUUCACCCACAGACGGUACCUGGGCCACCGCAGGCCGGGCCCAGGGCCAGGGUGGGAACUAUCUGGUAGAGUCCAGGACUUAAGAACAGGUUGUUCACCAGUCUGCACCACCCUGUGCGCCCAGGAGUGCCUUCCUAUUUCUCAAGACCUGUGAGCCAAAGAAAAGGCCCCUGUCCCAGGGGAGUGACAGGCAGUAACAAGGCUGGCCCCGGGUGGGGAGGUUCCCGGAAACCACUGUUCUCCUUGGAGCAGCCGCCCCAGGCAGCUGGGCUGUUUAUUUGAUUUCUGACUUGCUAAGCCUGGAACAGAGAGAGUCCAGCUGCCCGAACCCUAAAAUACUGUGUCAUCAAAAGCAGCUCGUGGGCCCGCCCCACCCCACAGACACAGCCCAGCCCAGGUGGAGCCCCCCAUGUGCCCAAGGAUGAGUCCUUCAGGAGUCGCUCUGCACCCCGAGGAGAGGCCUGGGCCAGCAGGUGUGGACGUUGGGGCCCUGCUGCAGGACAGCGGCCCCUCCACAGGGAUGGGGAGGGGAGUCUGGAGUGAGUGCAGAGGGAGACCCUCCUCGUGUACACCGAGGGUGCACCCAGACUAUCUGCGAGGUGGGCAGUUCCCUAGUAGCACGGGGCUGUGACCUCAGGCUGGCAGGGAUUGGAGCACAAAGUGGCUGGAGUGUCAGGAGACCUGUAUUCUGGUUCCAACUCGGCCACUGACCUGUUUGCUAUCCAGACAAGGCCCCUUCCAGAUUCAAGCUUCAGUUUCUCUUCUGUGACAUGGGGACACAGGACUCCUUCCUCAGCCUGAAACCCGGACCCUCCCUUCUCUGCCACGGCCCAGACAUAGCUUGAGUCCAGCUGCCACAGGACAUGAAACCUGCCAUCUGGGGACCCUAGCUAAUGGCUCUCUCCUCCCAGCAUCAAGGCAGUGGAGGUUUGGAGACUUUGGACAAAUGUCAGUAUUUGGUCUCUCCAGCACCUAGCACAUAACCUGGCAUGCUCUGGAAAGCUUGUAAAAUGAAUGCUUUAAAGGUGCAGACUGCCUUGGCCACUGGGUAUGCCGAGCAGGCACAUCAGUACCAUGAUCUGAGUCCCUUUCUGUCCAACAGGCCAAAAGUAGACUGGUCAUCGCCUUUCAGACAGACUUCUAGAACCUCCAGCCAUCCAGGCAGCCACCAAAUGGAAACCAAACAAAAAAGGCUUCAGAGAACAAUGGAUGCAAAGUCAGUAAAGGGACAGACAUCUUGUUUACAUGGUUGCCCUGGCAGCCCAGACUUCGUUCAAGGCUGCACAUUAGAAGCCUAAGGCUGGUCACCUCAGGCCCACUGACAGCAAAGGAAUGCUUCCAGGAAGAGAGGCCAGAGGAAUAGCCAAGUUUGAGGCCCUUAGUGUAUGUGGGGGGGGGAGGGGGGCACUGCUCUGUGUGCCUCCCCCGCCAGUGCAUCUCCACCAUUAUAGCACAGCCCUGGCCGGAUGCCAGCCCAUCAGGCAAAGCCCUGUUCUUGGGUCUCUCUGAAGGGACGUGGAUAACAUGCUUCAAGAAAUGCCCAGAACUACACAGGAAAGGGGGCUGUGAAUAAGGCAGGGUGGGUUUUGGAGCCAGGAGACCUGGCAUGGAAUUCUGGCUCUGCCUCUUGUUAAACUGACCAAAUUCUGAGGUAGAAGAUUUUUCCCUCUGAAUGGGGUAUCGGUUCUGCCCUUCCAAGGCGAUCAGGUGGGAUCUGGUGCGUCCACGAAAGCACUCGGCACGGCGUCUGCAUGGUGUCCAGUGACCGGCAUCUGCCAGAGGUCUUAGUUUGAAUGAAUGUGUGUAUCUGGGCCUCCCCUGUUGGCCUUGCUGUUAACACCUGCUCCUCCCAGAAUAUGUCCAGGAGAUGUUGUGUUACUUUAAAGCUGCACUUUUCCUAAAAAAUCUAAAUGUGGUCCUAUCUCGGGAGGAGGUAGGGACUCACACAGUCCCCUGCCUGUGGAAGUCCCAGCCUCCAGGGACAAACAGGGACUCACAGUGAGCCAUGCGACCUGGCACCUCUGCUGAGGACGGAGCUGUUGUGUCCCCACUCCCGACAUCCAGCACCGACCUGUGACCUCCAGGAAGCUGAAGUGGGGGUGUCCUGGAAUUUCUCUUUUACUGGGAAGCCUUGAGCAAGCACUUGGUUCUUUAAAAUUUUUUUCCUUGCUGAAGAAAAUAUUAUGUGUGCGCCAGGGAAAUUUUUGAAAAUAAAAAGCAGAAUACAAAUACACAUAAUCCCAGCACACAGAGCUAAGCAUUGUUAAUAAUCCCUUCCAGUCUUUUUCCUUGACACACAUGUCUGUCUUUAUAUAGAAUAUAUGGAUUUUUUGCAAAGUUAGGAUCAUAUUCUAUGCACUACUUGAUCUGAUUUACUCAAUCUAUGACAUAUUUAGAAAAUUUGUUAUUAAAUCUUCUUUGAAAACAUAACUUGCAGCAUCCUAUCCCUUGACCUCUGUCCCAGUUCUGUCACCAUUCUUUCCCUGGAGGCAGGUGUGGGGCACCCACGACCCUGCUCUCGGGAGCCCUGGCCCAGCCCCGGAAAGGCAGGCAGCCGGGUGCUCGGGUCACCAGCCAGGAAUCUCGGGACCCUACAUCUCACCACCUGCAGGGGGGUGGUUACGGGUGGACCCCUGUGAUGGGGAAGCCCUCGCACAACAGAGAGAGUGCGGCUGCCACCCUGUGGUUCCCGGUCUGCCGGCUUCCUGCUGGUCCUGCCUUCCCAGGGCGACCAGGGAAGCAAAGUAAGGGACCCGGCCCUCCCACCUCCCAGGUUCACAGGGUUGUGACGGGUCCUCCCUCCUGGGGCUCCAGGCCAGCCUGCUCCCUCCCCUUCCCCACAUGCCCUCCUGAGAGCCAGCCUUGUUGAGGACGUGGCAGACCUCUCUCCUCUCACAGACGUCACACCAGCCCCGAGCAGCUGCCAUUAUCCUGGCCUCACUGCUGCCUGUCCUGACAGCCAUGACUGGGCAGCAGUGAGAGGGAGGCCUGGGUUAGGGAGCAAGGGUCCCUGCUGGGAAUCCUGCAGGUGGAGAUCCCAGCCACAGAGGUGGGCCCCAGCCCACCAGAGGGGGACGAGUCCCACCCAAAAGCAGAGGCCAAGGUUGGCCUACGAUGCCAGAGACCGGGCUAGCAGCAUCCCCUCCCCCACAGGAGCUGGCCUGGGGUCCCAAGCCAGUGGGCUUCUCUCCUCCCUUCCAGGCUCAACCUGACUUCAACCCAAAAUGAGAACCAGCCCUGCCCAGCGGUUCCUGAGCUUCAAGCCUUAUCUAGAGCCCCUGGCCGGCAGCAGGGGAGCGGGCGGCAGCCCUGGACAUUGUUUCUGGUGACCGAUGGGACAUGCUGGGAGGUGGCCCGGCUGCCAAACACUGGUGUAGGCAGCGUGGUAUGCCACACUACAAGCUGUGGCACCAGACUUCGAUUUCCACUGGUUAUGGGGUCCGGGGGUGGGAAGCAUCUCUGGCUGACUCCCCAGCACCAAGCACACAGGAGUCUCCGGGCCUUCUCAGUGCGACAGUGCCGACCAGUGGGUCAGUGACUGAACAACGGGUGGCCUGGUGCCCAUCACACUCACGGCCAUGUGUGAGGGCACCAGUGGAGCCUAGCUCAGCUACCUUGCUGGCCUGGGAGCAGGGGACACGAGGACCGAGGCCCUCCUGCACCAGCUCUGACCUCGGCUGCUUGCGGGGGUCGGACAAGGGUGGGAGACGGCGGGGGAGGGUCUUGGCCUUGGAAGAUGGUUCAGUCACAGCUGCAACCUCUGCAGACUCCUGGGACCUGGCUGGCGGGCAGCAGCACAAAAGCUAGGACUUAUGUUAUGGGAAGUGACGCCCUCAGAGGGGUGUGUGUGCACACUGCCGACAGCCCUUCGAGCAGGCCCCUCAGAAUCUAGGAUAACACCAUGUGGAUCCUUAGUUUUUUGCUCAAUGGACAGUCAAGGAAAUGGUGAGCAGAGCUGCUUAAAUCAUUUUAGAUUGGUUUGUGCUUUCAUUUCUACUUUGUAACCAGGCUAAGCCCCAGUGUAGCUCACAGUCUAGCCACUCAAAAGGUAACUGUGGAUUCGUCUCGGGAACGCAAAACUGGUUUAACAUCCAAAAAGCAAUACGAUACAGCACCUUAACAGAAUAAAGUACAAAAGACACACAAUUCUCUCCAUAGACACGGAAAAGGCAUGUUAUAAAACCAACACCUUCUCAUGAUAAGCACUCAACAAAAAAGGAAUAGAAGGGAACUUCCUGAGUCUGAUAAAGAGCACCUACAAAAAACCCCCACAUGGUGAAGACCAGAUAUUUCCCCCCUAAAGGCAGGAAUAAUACCAAAAUGUCUGCCCUCACCACUUCAUUCAACAUUGUACUAAAGGUUCUAGUCAGGGCAAAUGGCAAAAAAAUGAAGUGUAAAUUGCAGAUGACAUGAUAUGGUGGUAUACAAAAAAUCCUAAGGAAUUCACUAGAAAACUAUUAGGACUAAUAAAUUCAGCAAGGUUGCAGAAUAUGAAAUCAAUGUACAAAAAUCAGUUUCUAUACUCUAGCAAUGAACAAUCUGAAAAUGAAAUCAAGAAAACAAUUCUAGGGGUGCCUGGGUGGCUCAGUCAGUUAAGCAUCUGCCUUUGGCUCAGAUCAUGGUUCCAGGGUGCUAGGAUCGAGCCCCAUGUCGGGAUUCCUACUCAGUGGGAAGCCUCCUUCUCCCUCUCUGCCUGUCACUCUCCCUGCUUGUCCUAUCUCACUCUCUGUCAAAUAAAUAAAUAAAAUCUUUAAAAAAAGAAAUAACUCCAUUUCCAAUAACAGCAAUAAAAUUAAAAACUUAGGAAUAAAUUCAACACCCUCGCUUCUGCCCUCUGCUGGCCCCGCAAAAUGUCCGGGUCCCUGGCCUUGUGAGCUCCCUGUCUCCUUCUCCACAUUCCUUGUCCCUUGUAGGCCAAGGGUAGGCUGGCUUUGCCCAAUAAAGAGGUUUCCUGGGAAAAAAAAAAAAGAAAGAAAGAAAAUAUAGGUUUAUACUCUGGUAACGAUAAAAUAUUACUGAAAGAGGUGAAAGGAGACCUAAACAAAUGGAAAGACCCCCAUGUACAGACUGGAAAACUUAAUACUGUUUAGAUGGCAACACCUUCCAAACUGAUCUAUCGAUUCAGUGCAACCUCUAUCAAAAUCCCAGCUGGUUUUUUUGCAGAAAUUGACAAGUUAUUCCCAAAAUUCAUGUGGAAAUGCUAGAGACCUAGAAUAGCCAAAACAAUCUGAAAAAAAAGAACAAAAUCAUGGAGGACACACACUUGCCAAAUUCAAAAUGUACUAUGGAGCUGAAGGAUACAUGACAGCAUGGGACUGGCAUGGGACAGAUCUACAGAUCAACGAGACGGCAUAGAAAGGCCAGAAAUACAACCCAGGGAUGGUUUUAUUGGCAUCAACAGGGAUGCCAAGACAUUUAAACAGGAAAAGAACAGCCUUUUCAACAGCUGAUCCUGCAACAACUGGGCAUCCACAUGCAAAAGAAGGAAAUGAGACUUCUUUUCUCACACCAUAACACAAAAAUUAACUCAAAAUGGAUCAAAGUCCUAAAUGUAAGAGCUAAGCCAUAAAACUCUUAAAAGAAAAUAUAAGAGUAAAUCUUCAUAAUCUUAGGUUAGGCAAAACUUUCUCAGUUAUGAUGUCAAAAAUAUACUGAUGGAAGAAAAAAUAGAUAAAUUGGACUUCAGCAGAAUUAAAACCUUUGUGCUUCAAAGCACACUGUAAAGAAAGAAGGCAACAUCCCACAGAAUGACAGAAAACACUUGCAAAUCAUGUAUCUGAUAAGAGACCUACACCUAGAAUAUUAAAAGAACUCUUGCAAUUCAAUAAUAAUGAUGAUGCUAAGCUGAGCAGGCAGCUAGGUGGGCGGCGUUGGCGCGGACAGAGACAAGGAAGAGGGGAGGAAGUGUCUGGCAGGGAAGCAGCAAGAGAGCCCGUGAGCUCUGAGACCAGCAUGGCUGAUGGGAGGGCAGGAAGCCCUGGGACUGGAAGGGACAGGCGAGGGUGCUGGCUCUAAAUGGGGUAAGACUGCCCCCUCGAGGCUACUUGGAAACUUCAAGGUUUAUGUUUUGGUUGUUGGUAAUCCUGGGGUGAUAUUGGCAUUACAGGGAAGGGAGCAAGGAAUCAUUGUCUUGCAAUGUCCCACGUAAGGAAGAAUAAAUCUUUUUCUUUUCUGUUUUUUUAAAGCAGGCUCCCUGCCCAGCAUAGAGCCUAACAUGGGGCUUGAACUCAUGACCCUGAGAUCAAGACCUGAGCUGAGAUCAAGAGUUGGACACUUAACUGACUGAGCUACCCGGGUGUCCUAAGGAAGAAUUAUUCUUAAUCCUCUCAGACUUUCAAAUGCCCUGAGAAACAUUCAUGUAGCAGAGAAUUAUCUUAAGAACAUAACUCCAUUUUACAUACAAAUCCAAAGACUUAUAGGAGCUCCUGGGGGACUCAGCUGGUUAAGUGGCCAACUCUUGGUUUUGGCUCAGGUCAUGAACUCAGAGUCCUGGGAUCAAGCCCUGCAUUGGGUUCCACACCCAGUGGGAAGUCUGCUUAAGAUUCCUUCUCCCUCUCUGUGUGCCCCACGACGCCCCCAACCCACUCUGUCUAAAAUAAAUUAAAUAAAAAAAUUUUUUUUAAGAUUUUAUUUAUCCAUUCAAGAGAGUGAGCAAUUGGGAGAGCACAAGAGGGAGAAGGGGGGGGAGAAGCGAGGGAGAGGGAGAAGUGGACUCCCCCCGGUGCAGCGAGCCCGAUGCAGGACUCGAUCCUAGGACCUUGGGACCACGACCCCAGCUGAAGGCAGAUGCUUAACUGACUGAGCCACCUAGGUGCCCAAUAAAUAAAUAAACCUUAAAAAAAGAAAAAACUUUAUUUUUUGCAUUGAAUUUUUCCAGAAACAGACCUACCACAUAAACUGAGGAAACAUUUAAUUAUUUUCUUUUUUUCUUAAAGAUUUUAUUUAUUUAUUUGACAGAGAAAGGUCACAAGUAGGCAGAGAAGCAGGCAGAGAGAGAGGGGGAAGCAGAGCAGAGAGCUGAGCAGAGAGCCCGAUGCAGGGUUUGGUCUCAGGACCCCGAGAUCAUGACCUGAGCCAAAAGCAGAGGCUUAACCCACUAGGCACUCAGGCGCCCCUAAUUUUUUUAUUUUGUUCAGAAUUUUACCAAGAGAUUUUCGGUUUCAGAAAAUCACAGUACUGUGAUCCUGCCAACAGAACACCCCUGUAUCUGUCCGCCCUGCUUACUGUGGCUCUCGGCAGAAGUGCACGUUUAAAUAUUUCACAUGGGGCGCCUGGGUGGCUCAGUCAUUAAACGUCUGCCUUCAGGUCAUGAUCCCAGCGUCCUGGGAUGGAGCCCCACAUCAGGCUCCCUGCUCAGCGGGAAGCCUCUCUCUUCCUCUCCUGCUCCCCCUGCCUGUGUUCCCUUUCUUGCUGUCUCUGUCAAAUGAAUAAAUAAAACCUUAAAAAUAAAUAAAUAAAUAAAUA